AUGGCUGCUCGUCAAGUUGUAAACGUUGCAAGGUCUGGUGUUCUUCAGAAAUUGGCUGUCGUUGAAUCGGCCAUCGGUGGCAAGGUUGCGUGUGAAAGCUAUGGCGGUGCAUCAGGGUACGGCAGUCCGUCUGGGUAUUCCAGCCCAUCUAGUUACGGCAGUCCAUCUAGUUUCGGCAGUCCAUCUAGUUUCGGCAGUCCAGCUGGUUUCGAUGGUCCACCUACUUUCGGCAAUCCAGCCAGUUUCGGCGGUCCAGGUGGUUUCUGUGGUCCACCUAAUUUCGGCGGUCAAUAUGGAUAUGGCAGCACACCUAGCAGAGGACCUGGCUAUAGUUCUGGCUUUGGAAGCGGUUUUGGUUCUGGCAGUGGAAGUGGUGAUGGGUCUGGCAAUGGAGGCUUCUAA